AUGGCUCAGAUCGGCCCCUCGCCUCUGACUGACGCAGGCACACUUAUAACAUGGGAUCGUGCCUACGUGGCGUUAGUCACCGCCAGCCUGGGGCUGCAUGCGUUCCUGUUCAGGCGCCUGUACCGCUCUGACCCCGGCUGGGUCAAACCAGGGGGUGGCCCUGGGGUGGAGGAGGGAAUGCCACGGCACAAGUGCCCCCAUUGCGGCGCAUACCCCCCUGAGCGCUCCAGGCAUGACUUCAACACGGGUCAGUGCGUUGCCAAGUUUGAUCACUUCUGCCCGCUGAUUGCCACCUCUGUAGGAGACCUCAACCACAGCCUGUUCUGGUUCUACUGUGCCUUCCAGGCUUUUCUGAUAGCGUGGGCUUGGACCGUAGCUCUGGAUGCAGUCAUUCCAUGCCUCUACGGCAGCAGACCUGAGACGGCUGCCUGCUGGCUGCUGGUGGCAGCGGCUCUGGGGCUGGUGCCGCUGUUCAACUUUUUUGCCGGGCUGGCUCUGCUGCAUGGCUAUCUGGCCGCCAGCGGGCGCACCAGCUUUGAGAUCUGCAAGGGAGCCAAGGUGGAAUAUUUGAAGCCUUACUAUGACAGCUACAAGGGCCCGGCGCAGUUUGGUCUGACUGCCAAGGGGCUUGGAUCGCUGCUGAGGGAGUUGAGGAAAGGGAACGCCCCGCCGGCGCCCUACAGCCUGGGAGCUGCCGAGAACCUGAAUAUGUUUUUCUUCGGAAAAAAGCCCCAUUUGUACAAACGGACUCACUGUGUCCAGGCUGCUGUCUGA